AUGGCUUCUUCUUCUUCUUCUUCUUCUUCCACUACUUGUAAACUAGAGUAUGAGGUUUUCCUUAGUUUCCGAGGUGAGGAUACUCGUAACAACUUUACCCUUAGUUUCCGAGGUGAGGAUACUCGUAACAACUUUACCAGCCAUUUGUAUGAUGCCUUGUGUGGGAACGAUAUUAAAACUUUCGUCGAUAAUGAACUUAAGAGAGGAGAUCAAAUUUCUUCGUCUCUUUUGAAGGCAAUUGAAGAGUCAAAGAUCUCAGUUAUCAUUUUCUCUAAAGAGUAUGAUUCUUCUAGAUGGUGUCUCUUAGAACUUGAAAAGAUUCUUGAAUGCCAUAAGAAGUAUGGUCAGAUUGUACUGCCAGUCUUCUAUCACGUAGAUCCAUCAGAUGUUAGAAAACAAACUGGCGAUUUUGGGACAACAUUUGCUCAGCUUGAAGAGCGUUUUAAGGAUGAUUCAGAGAUGUUGCAGAGAUGGAGGACUGCUUUAGAUGAAGCAGGCAACAUAUCUGGCUUUGAUUUAAAUAACACUGGGCUCGAGUCAUUACUUGUAAAGGAUAUUGUCAAAUGUAUUUUGGAAAGGUUGAAUGACAAGGCCAGAAUUUGGGGCACCGGUAGUAUUGGUAAGACAACUCUUGCUCGUGCUGUAUUCAACAAAAUCUCUAGAAAAUUUGAAGCUUCUUACAUCAUUGAGAAUAUUAGAGAAGAAUCAGAGAAAAGCAAUGGACUACUUGAUUUGUGCCAAAAACUUAGCUCUUCAGUUUCAGGGGAUAUGCAUCCCAACAAUAGAUUCACCUAUACAAGAAAAAGGAAUACUACCAAGAAGGUUCUCAUUGUGUUUGAUGAUGUGACACAUUUAGAACAAAUUGAAUGUUUAAUGGGAGUUUUUUACAACUUGGAUUCAGAAAGUCGAAUAAUCAUAACAUCAAGGGAUGCACACGUACUGAAAACUUGUAGAGUGGAUCACAUACACGAAAUGAAAGUAUUAUCAGACGAUAAUGCUUUUGAUCUUUUUACCCUAUAUGCCUUUAGAGAAACCCCUCCAACUGAUGAUUUUAUCAAGCUAUCAUGGAGCGUAGUGGCAUAUGCUAAUGGUCUUCCAAUGGCUCUUAAAGUGUUAGGUUCCUUUCUAUUCAAGAGGACAAAAAGCGAAUGGGAAAGUGCGCUAAGAAGAUUGAAAAAAAAUCCUCAUAAGGAUAUCCAAAAGGUAUUAAGAGUAAGUUAUGAUGGAUUAAGUAAUGAAGAGCAGCGUGUAUUUUUAGAUAUUGCAUGUUUCUUAAAAGGGUAUCGUGCACGUCUAAUACAACUAAUCUUGGAUGCCUGUGGCUUUGAAUCAAUUAUUGAUAUGAACGUUCUCAUUGAAAGGUCUCUCAUAACUAUGACAUCAUCCUCCAUCAUCACAAUGCAUGAUUUACUUCAAGAAUUAGGCAGAGAAAUUGUUCGGGAAGAAUCACCUGAGGAUCCUGGCAAACGUAGUCGGUUGUGGGAUCAUGAGGAUAUUGUUUCAGUAUUGACAACAAAUACGGGGACUAGAGCGAUUCGAAGCAUGCGCUUGGAUGUGUCUAAAGCAAAAGACAUUUAUUUAAAGCCUAAAGCUUUCAAGAAGAUGCAAAAUCUAAAAUUCUUGGAAGUAUAUGGCUCCGAGCAUGGUCAGAAGGUGCAUGGUUUUGAAGACCUUAAUUUCGAUUUCUCUGAGCUAAGGUACCUUUGUUGGCAUGGAUAUUCUGCCAAAUCAUUGCCACCAAAUUUUAAUCCACGGAGGCUUGUUGCAGUGGAGAUGCGUUACAGCAAAGUUGAACAACUUUGGACGAGUGUCGAGGAUCUUGUUAACUUGAAAGUUAUUGACCUCAGAUACUCUAAGUAUCUACUCAGAAUGCCAGAUCUCUCACUUAUCCCGAAUCUUUGGAUCUUGUGUCUAGGAGGUUGUACAAAUUUGUUUGACAGCUUCUCAUCUGUCCAUACUCUCAAUAAGCUUGCUGUCCUGAAUCUAAGCGAAUGCAAAAGCUUGGAUAUUCUUUCAAUCGACAGUCAUUGGGAAUCUCUUCAAUUAGUUAUUCUCUCCAACUGCUCAAAUCUCAAAACAGUUCCUUAUAUCCCCAGUGCAGUAAGAAAGUUAUAUUUAGAUGGAACUGCAAUAAAAGAAUUGCCUCCAUUGAACCAUCUUUCUAGGCUAGAAAUAUUGAGCCUUGAAAGUUGUUCAAGGCUAGAGAGUCUCCCAAAGAGCAUUUCUGAGUUGGAAUCUGUUCGAAAAGUUAUUCUCUCCAAUUGUUCAAAUCUCAAAAUUGUUCCAUGUAUCCCUUGUACAGUAGAAGAGUUACAUUUAGAUGGAACUCCAAUAAAAGAAUUGCCAUCAUUAAAGCAUCCUUCUAGACUUGAAAUAUUGAGUCUUAAAAGUUGUUUAUGGCUAGAGAGUCUCCCAGAGAGCAUUUGUGAGUUGGAAUCUCUUCAAAAAGUUAUUCUCUCAAAUUGUUCAAAUCUCAAAACAGUUCCACAAAUCCCUUGUACAGUAAAAGAGUUAUAUUUGGAUGGAACUGCAAUAAGAGAAUUGCUGUCAUUAGGGCAUCUGCUCAGACUAGUAAAAUUGAGUCUAAAAAAUUGUUCAAGACUUGAGAGUCUCCCUGAGAAUAUUUGUGAAUUAAAAUCUCUUAAAUAUCUUUCCCUUUCGGGAUGUUCAAAACUUGAAAGAUUGCCUGACGGCCUGGGAAAUUUAAAAGCACUGGAGGAACUUGAAGUCGAGAGGACUGCUGUUAGAGAAAUACCGUUCUUUAUAACAUGUUUGAGCAACCUUGAAAACUUAUCUUUAGCGGGAUGGAGGAUUCAGGAGCCAUCGAGUUUCCCACAGCUUCAGUUAUCGGACUUGCACAAAUUGACGAAGCUAAAUCUGACUGACUGUCGUAUCGAAGAGUUACCCAGCAAUCUUGGCCUAUUACGCUCAUUGAAAAAUUUAUAUCUAGGCCGAAACAAGUUUGAGAGCCUACCAGUGAGUACCAAAGACCUCUCUAACUUGGUUUCGCUUGAUUUAAGCAAUUGCCAGAGGCUUAAAUCCUUACCGGAGCUUCCACAUAGGUUACUGCAUAUACAAGCACAGGGUUGCACAUCACUUGAAGCAUUAUCAGGUUUACCAACUCUAUGCCUAAGUAUGUCGGCUGAGAAAGAGAGAAUUAGCUUCAUCAAUUGUUUGAAACUGAAAUUACAUGCACUCCCACAUUUGACAGACGCUUUACUCAAUAUUCAGAGAUAUGCAGAUGCAUGGUUUGGAUCUGAAGAAAGGAGACCCUCCGAGGAAAGGAUUGAACGGCCAAAGGCUUGUAUAUGUUACCCUGGAAGCGAAAUUCCAGAGUGGUUUAGCUUUAAAAGCAGCGAACAUUAUAUAGAGUUUCCAGCAGGUUGGCUCAAUGAUAACUUAGUUGGCUUCGCUUUGUGCGCUGUUGCAUCACUUCGAGACUAUGAAGAGGCUGAAGCUUUGCGAGUUGGUUUUGCUCUGGUUGUUAACGAGAAGAUCGUUUCCUCUGGCUAUUUGUUUGAAUAUGAUGGGCAGAAGGUUAUUGAAUCAGAUCAUGUAUUCAUAGGAUAUGAUUACAAUAUCAUGUCCCUUGAAUUGCUUACACUGAGUUUGAAUAGCAAGGGCUACAUUGAGUUCUUUGUUGAACAUUCAAGUAAGAAUAGCAAAAAUGAUAUGUCCGAUGAUACGCCUUCAGUCAUGUUCAAAAUCGAGGACUACCAUGAGUUCUUAGUUGUGUAUGGAAGUAAGAAUAGCAAAAUUCCGGGGAAGGUGAAGAAGUGUGGAGUCAGUUUGUUAUACGCCAAAGACAAUGAUACGAGAACAGCUGCAAGAGUGGACAGAGACAAGAGAUUGAAAAAUAUAAAUUGCCAUGAUAAUGCCUGUUUUAGGUGCUGUUUAGAUUGCUGUUGGGAACAUGGAAAAAUGGAUGAUGACGAGAAAUCAUAUUCAUAUGAAAUUUUAGAUAGCUGGUCCCCACAUUCAGAAAUAUACAAGCGACCAAUGCGACGAGCACGUUUAGAAUAUGGUUUCUUGAAAGGAUAUGGACUUAUCUGA